CCUCUGUUAAGCAAUGAAGAUGCGUCUGCGACAGAGGAAGACUGUCGGAAGCCAGUAUGGCAAGUCAUCGUAGGGAGACUGUCGGAAGCCAGUAAUGGCAAGUCAUCGUGUAGGGGUGGCCGGCCUUAUUUUGAAGAGCAACAAAUUUUUACUGUUUACUGCAUUUACUUCGUUCAGCAAGAUAUUGAUUUUUUCUAUUUCGAAAAAAAGAUGAUGGAAGACUGGGAAUCCUGGAUGCAACAGAAAACAGCGAUUCUUGUUCAUCGUAAUGUACGUAGUACCAAUCUUAAUCUUCAUCAAGAAAUAAACACGCUGUCACUAAACAAGGACGAAUCAUUGGCAAAAAAUACCAACUUAGGUAUAAGUGAAGAAGAUCAGGAAGAUCAGGAAGAGGGGAUAUAA